AUGGAAAUGCAAACGGAAGAGCAGGACGAGAGGGCGAAAGGAGGAAGCAGUAAGUGGGAGGUGUCAAAACCAUACAUUCUUUGUAUAUUUGCUAACAUCUGCUUUGCAGGGUUCCCUGUUGUCAUUAAGGUCUCUUUAGACAAAGGCAUGAGCUGUUAUGUGCUUGUGGUUUAUGGCCAUGCUUUUGGAACUCUAGCAACUGCUCUUCUUGCACUUCUUUUUGAGAGGAAAAAUGAGAGCAAAAUCAGUGUUCCGAUAAUUCGAAAUAUCUUCUUCUUGGGCCUGCUGGGGUUGUUGGGAAGAACAUUGAAUUACAUGGGACUGGAAUACACUUCACCGGCUAUUGCAGCUGCUAUGAGCAACCUUAUUCCAUGUAUUACCUUUAUCAUAGCAGUUUUGUGCAGGAUGGAAAAAUUUGACAUUACAAAGCUUGGCACCCAAGCCAAGAUUGGGGGAACUCUUAUCUCCUUUGCCGGUGCAGCUCUGAUGACGCUAUACAAGGGAAUUGCUGUGAUUUCAAUGCACACUCAAGCCUCCCAUCAAUCUGCUACUUCCAAAUCAUCCGUAGACAGAGACUGGAUAAAGGGCUCCCUUUUUCUUCUUGUUUCAUAUUUUUCCUCAUCAGCAUUCUACAUCUUACAGACAAUAACAAUCGAAAUGUAUCCUGCACCUCUUACUCUUACAUCGAUAACGUGCUUAUCGGGGACUCUACUCACGGCGAUCAUGGCAGCAAUUCUAGAUCAUGAAGCAUCCUCUUGGAAGCUGUCAUGGGACAGUACACUUCUUGCUCCUUUGUAUAGUGGAGUUUUGAUUUUUGGAAUCACCAUUUAUGUGCAAACAUUAGUUGUAAAAACAAGAGGCCCAGUUUUCAUGACAGCAUUUAGACCACUAUCCACAAUUGUUGCAGCUAUAAUAGGGCUAUUCGUUUUAAGAGAAGCUAUAUACUUGGGAAGUAUUUUAGGAGCUUCCUUGAUUAUUGUUGGUUUGUCUACAACUCUCUGGGGAAAGAACAAAGAGAAAGAGAAGAACCCAUUGAAGGAUGCUAUAUCUCAAGAAGUUUGUGAGAUCCAAUUAGAAAAUUAA